AUGACUGAUCUCGACAGCGCUGCGUUGAGGGUACGAUGUUUGGCUAGCACGAGGGUUGCUGAGCGAGCGCGGUGUGAAGAGUCAAGAUUUAGCCAGAAGAAAGAUGCGGAACCACGUGAUGAACAGACUCGAGACCAUGAUGAUGAGCAGGAGUUGGGUUUAACUAGGGAACUGUCAGACGACGACAGUUCGAUUUCAACAUCCGAGUCUGAUUCAGAUUCAGAGAGUAGUUACGCCAGUACUACAACUAACCCUGGGGCACAAUCCCGCUAUACUAGCUGUAUUCAAGAAGCGCAGCUCUCGCCGGACGGGACUUGUGUAUUUACAUCCGACUACAAUCGCACAUUCUCCGUCUAUCCCAUCGACACAGACAUUCUCUCAGAAACUGGCACACGUGCUCUCAAACCAUAUGCGCAAUUUACCUCAUCAAACCCUAUAUGGGCUUUUGCUGCCAAUCCGCUCUUCAAUCUCAACGACGCCAGUAGCACGCACGUCCUCGUCAGUCAACGAGAUUCGUACAUCAACCUCCACAACGCACUCUGGGACACCACCAGGAUCUACGAAUCAAACGAAUCGCAAGCCGCGAAAACAACCAGCCCAGUCAACAUCUCCACCCCACUAACCUCCUACAAGCUAAUCAACCACCUCAACGAAGCCGUCACCGCGCCACUCAGCCUCGUCUACUCGCACUCCAGCGCCCACUUCUUCGCCGGCUCUCAAAACGCAAUCGCAAUCUUCGACCUGGAACACACCGACAACCCCAUCCACACGAUCAAAACCAUCCCCUCCCGAAACAGCAAACUCAAAGGCGGAGGCCGCGGCUUCAAAGGCUACAUCUCCGCCCUGUCCCUCUCCCCAGCCACCUCAACAUGCCAAGCCGGCCUCCUCGCCGCCGGCGCACGAACCCGCUACAUCGGCAUCUACGACCCCGUCAGCGGCUCCGAAAUAACCCACUUCUCACUCCCCGGCACCCUCGACGGCAAGAAGCUGCGCAGCGAGAACCUGUCCCACGUCAUGGGCGACGGUGUCUCGUCGCUGAAAUGGAGCCCCUGCGGCAAAUACCUCUACGUUGCCGAGCGCAUGUCCGACGUCCUGCUCAUAUACGAUGUGCGCAACUUCUCGCUCACGCUGGGGUAUUGCGUGGGUAGGAGGGCGGCUACGAAACAGAAACUCGGUUUUGAUGUUUGGAAUUCGGGUGCGAGUAUGUAUGAUGUUGAGGGGAUUGGUCAUGAAGUUUGGGCGGGGGGCGUGGAUGGGCGGGUUAGGGUUUGGAAGGAUCCGUGGAGGAGGGAGGGUGCUGUUGAGGCGGAUGAGGUGGUUUGUGUUGGGGGCGGAGGUGGGAUUGGUGGAGAGGAGGAAGAGGUACCGGUCGUAGCUACGCUUGUGCAUCCUUAUGGAAGUCUUGCUGUUGCUGCUUGUGGGGCUGUGGAAGUUGGAGAUGGGUCGAGAGGGGGAGGGAUACGGAGAGGUGGAGGGAUGAGACCGAAGUAUCGAGAGUGGGGAUCUUUGAGUAUACUGGGUUUGGGUGGGAACUAAGCAUCAGUAAAGAAAACACGUCCAAGAAGUAC